CGGAAACUCCCACGCCAAAGUCAAUAUCUGCACUGCUUGACAAACAGUAGAACCAGUUAAAAAGUUCAGAGUUUGGCUUCUCCAUGUCCUCGAUAUCAUUGGUUCCCGGUGUCAAGUGCGUCCAAACCCAGAAACACUCCUAUCACGAUCAUCUUUGGAGCAACUUUGCAUAUGACAAGCUGCGACGAGGGGUCAUCAACUUCGGCAAGAUCUACUCGAUGCUUUCCCAGAUCUCCGUCCAAAGCUCAAGAUAGCAGACCAUAUGGCAUACAACUCAAUGAGCCACUACAACAGGUAAUUUCACCUAGUCCGGUGAACGCAGUCGACGAGAGAUCAGCUCCACGUAUAGCAGCUUUUAAGAGCUUCGAGCAAGUCGCACCCUCGAUGCCAGCCGUUGAAGAGCCCAGUGCCACACUGCAAACAACGCAGGCGGUAUCGUAUGCAUGGCAUAACCAUGCCGGAAACAAAAGCUUGUCCAAAGCUCAUGUGAUGCGUAUCACAAACUGUCAGAGCGUGAUUUAGAGCAGAGUGAAGUGGGCCUUCCACACGUGGUCUGCAGGCAAUAGAUAAUAGGGUUAGGGGGUCGGAACACAUCUGACUUCUGGCCCUGCGCAGCUUGGAGGGCCCUCCGCACUCUAUAUAUAUAUGCUUCUCGUAACC